AUGCUCCUCUUGUCAGUUCUGGGCAUCGCGGCCCUGUCAGCGCCACUGGCGUCUGCCUCGUUCGACGGCAACCUCAACUACGACAGUCCUUCGCGACGCCAUGUCAACCUCGGCAUCGAUGUUCCGGCGGUGUCGCGCCGGAGUUUGAAGCGCGGUGCUGUGCCCUACAAACCAUCCGAGCUGAACUUCACCCACGGCAUCGCAUCAGGCGACCCUUAUCCCGACAGCGUCAUCCUGUGGACACGGGUUGCGCCGUCUCUGGCGUCUGACCUUAGCAACGUGACGGUGGAGGGAACUGUUGCGCUCUACAACCACGAGACCGAGAAGUACAUCAAGGCCGACCCUCACCCGAUCUGCGUCGAUUGGAAGGUUUGGGAGGCCGCGUCCUCGAGGCGGCACACCGGAAACGGCGCCGGCAGCGUCCGUGUUGUGUCCAAGGGCACGGCUUACACGACGAGCGAUAUCGACUACACCGUCAAGGUCGAGGCGGGCGGCCUCAAGCCGUUUACCACUUACAACUACCAGUUCACAAUCUGUGGCUCCAACAUUACCAGCCCAGUGGGGCGGACCAAGACAGCACCCUCUGCCGAUGCAAAUCUAGAGGAGAUCAAGCUCGGCGUGUUCUCAUGCAGCAACUACCCCAACGGGUAUUUCAACGCGUAUGGCAACGCAGCGCGGAAGGACGAACACGACUAUGUGGUCCACCUGGGCGAUUAUAUCUACGAAGGUGCCCAGCUCGGAAAGCGUGCUCAUAACCCGCCAAGGAUUCUCUUCAGUUUGUUUGACUAUAGGACCCGCCAUGGACAGUAUCGCACAGAUCUGGACUUGCAACUCCUUGCGCAGAACUUUGCCUGGAUCCCGACGUGGGAUGAUCACGAGGUCGCCAACAACGGCUACAGAGACGGCUUCAGCGGCCUGAACAACACCGAAGAGUCCUUCCGCACGGAUGGCCCAUCCAUCAGCGUCGACCAGCGCAAGAUGAACGCUGUCAGGGCCUACUUUGAGUGGAUGCCGAUCCGGCAGGUCGACCUCGACGACAACCUGCGCAUCUGGCGGUCCUUCCAGAUGGGCAAGCUGUUCGACCUGAUCAUGCUCGACACGCGCAACUACGAUCGCAGCAUCACCAGCCUUGGGUGGAACGAUAAAUACAUUGAUCUCAUCCGCAACGACGCCUCGCGUUCACUGAUGGGGUCGCGCCAGGAGAACUGGUUCUACAACCAGCUCAGCCGGUCCUCCAAGCGCGGUGCCGCCUGGAGAGUCAUCGGCAGCCAGAUAAUAUUCGCGCAGAUCGCCGAGUCGUUCGGCCUGAGCGGCGACAAUUGGAACGGAUACAUUGCCAACCGGAACCGGACGCUGCAGCACCUGUACGGCAACAAGAUCGGCAACAACAUCUUCCUGGCCGGCGACAGCCACCAGAACUGGGUCAGCGAUGUCGCGUGGCUGGGCGAGAAGGCGUACGACUUCACGACCGGUGAGGGCGCCAUCGGCGUCGAGUUUGCCGGCACGGCCGUCAGCUCCGGCGGUGUGAGCGGUCCGAUCCUCAAGGCGAGAGACGCCGCGCGUGCCCGGGUUGAGCAGAACCAGGUGCUACAGUGGCAAGAGGGGUACUACCGGGGUUACUUUCUUCUCUCGGUCCGCCAAGACAAGGUCACUGCUCAGUAUUAUGGUUCGCCGAGUGUCGCGAGCCGCAAUGCGUGGGAUCUUCCGCUGGCCAACUUCACGGUCGCGGCUGGCAAGAACCACCUCUCGCGGCCCGUUGCGGACGGGAAGGUGGAGGCAGGAUUCCUACGCGGAGGCGCUACGACGGGGACGAACUUCACACUGAACACGGAAACGGGGAGAUGGGAAACGAUCGGCUUUGACAAGAUGUACAUCUGA